UCUCUCUCUCUCUCCACCACCACCACCACCACUCCAUAUAUCAUCCUCUUUUACCCACUCGGAUAUUCGAACUCGGUCGAAAGAAGCGGAAUUUGAUGACGAAAUCAGCGGCGGAGGAGGCGGCGGCGGCGGCGGCGGAGAGAAGGUAUAAGGGGGUGCGGCGGCGCAAGUGGGGGAAGUUCGUGUCGGAGAUCCGGCUGCCCAACAGUCGGAACCGGAUAUGGCUCGGCUCCUACGACACGCCGGAGAAGGCGGCCCGCGCUUUCGACGCCGCCGCCGUCUGCCUCCGCGGGCCCCUAGGCAGCGGCCGGCUCAACUUCCCCGACUCCCCCCCGCAGCUCUCCUCCUCCGCCACCGCCGCCAUGACCCACCAGCAGAUUCGCGAGGCGGCUGCCAGCCACGCCAACCGCGCCGCCCGCGCCACAACUCAACAGCAGCAGACGGCGGCGGCAGAGUCGCCGUCGACGGAGGAGGCGUCGGACGGGAUGACGCCGGAGAGCGAGGAGGCGGUAGACUGGUCGUACAUGGAUUUGAUAUCGCCGGUCGGCGCGAAGGCUGCGGCGAAAACUGCAGCUGCGGCUGCGGCUGCGGCGGCGGCGGCGCUUCGGAUUCCGGGUCGAUUCUUUGGAGCUUCUAAUUAAGAGAGAAGCCACAACAAUUCAUUCGUUAAAAUUUAUUUAUUAUUUAUUCGUUCAUUCGUUCAUUCGUUCAUUCAAUUACAUACUCAAGAGAGAGAGGGCUCGGCAAGUUUUUGUUUGCCCAAUACUUCUCUCCGGCACAUCGCCGGGAUUUUUGAGUUCCUCAGCGACGUUGCCUCUUUUUUUUCUUUUCUUUUCUUUUCUUUUUUUUUUUUUUUUUUUUUUCCAACAUGAUUGGCUAAGAGAUUCAUUAAUUAAUUUGUUCUUUGUAUUAGACACGUGGUAUAAGGACUUUAUAUUUUUUUAUUAAAUAAAUAAAUAGUAAACAUCACGUGGUUGUCAUUUUGUGAGUUUUUGGUCCCUGCAAUAAUUGCUUUUUGUUCACCCCUGUAACAACUGCACGAGUGUGCAGGACACUUGUCAACAAAAUAAUAUUUAAAGAUUCAAUAUAUCGCAAUUUAAUA